GAGAUUCUGAAGAAGCAUCCGGAAAUCAAAACUCUUAUGGGUCCGGAUCCAAUAAUUGCUGUUUAUGUAACUCUGGAAGUUCUUGCUCAGUUUGGAAUUGCAUAUCUCAUCUCCAUCUACCAACCCGGAUGGAUUGGUUGGCUAAUUAGCUGCUAUUUCAUUUCGGCAACACUUAGUCAUUCCCUAGGAAGUGCCAUUCACGAAAUUGGACAUAAUCUUGCAUUCGGACAUAAGCACGGAUGGGCCAAUCGCAUCCUCUCCAUCGUCUGUAAUUUACCAAUGGUCAUUCCUGUAGCAAUCAGUUACAAGAAAUACCACCACGAACAUCACAGAUGGCUAGGUCAUGAAGAUUUGGACGUCGAUGUUCCAAUGCGCUGGGAAUGUAUUCUCUUCCAAAGCCGUCCACUUCGAUUUAUUUGGAUCCUCUUAAAUCCAUUCUUUUAUGCUGUGAGACCGUUCUUCAAGUCCCCAAGACCUCUGACAGCUUGGGAAGUUAUUAAUCUGGUUGUUCAGAGUGCCUUUGAUGUGAUUAUUUGGCACCUGCUUGGAAAUUAUGCGUUCGCUUAUCUUCUGAUGGGUACAAUCUUUGGAUUUGGCCCGCAUCCAAUGGCUGGUCAUGUCAUCAGUGAGCAUUACCUAUUUGCUGACAAUUUUGCAACCCACUCCUACUAUGGCAUCUUAAAUAUUCCGCUCUACAAUGUCGGAUAUCAUGUUGAACACCAUGACUUCCCCUACAUUCCUUUCACUAGGCUCCAUAAGCUGAAGGAAAUGGCUCCGGAGUAUUACAAUCAUCUGCCCUACCACAAAUCGCUCUGCAAGGUCAUGUGGGACUUUGUGUUCCAACCAGAUUCAGGUCCUGGCGCCCGAAGCAUCACCGCGACCGCAACAACCCGACCAGAGCUCUAUGAGAAGAUGCCGCACUUUGAUCUCUCCUCUUCGCUCACUUAUCCCGAGGGUGCAAAGAAGGAGAAUUAG